AAUUUUGUGUUUGGUUUGUUUGUCCUGUUAAAAAUAUAUUAAAAUUUAGUAUAUUUACAUACUUCAUAGUUCAAAAUGAGUGUGGAGCCAGAGGGUAUGACCAGUUGGGCGCAACCUUAUGAAAACUCCGAGCCAGAAAGCAUUUGCAUCAAAGAGGAGCCUCUGUCGGAUUGUGACCUCGGCGAUGAAGCCUCUCCUGGACGUUCGAAGAAACGGGAAAAACCGACUUCCUUUGGCAUGGCCUUUUGUGUCCUGUGUCUACGGGAGUGCACCUCGGAUGUGCUAGUACGAUUCUCAGCUCAGUCGAAACGCAAUCAUGUUGACGUAACCGAGGGUCAACGGAAGCUGGAGCAGGUCCUAGGACUCUCCAUGGCAUUGGAUGAUGGUGUGGUCUGUCGAACCUGUUGGAAGUUGGUGGACAUUGUGGGGGAUUUUCGGGAAUCUUGCCUCAAAUCCGCCAGUUGGAUCGAACGAUUUUCUCGGGGAAUGCAGUAUGAGGCCGAAAUUGAUAGUUGGCUUUCGCGUGAUGUAUUCAACUCGAUGGAGGCGAUGCACAAAGGUAUUCAGGAUAAUAGGAAUCGUAUCGAGCUGGAGGAAGUCAUUGCUAUGAAUCCUCCGGAGAUCAAAGUCGCCAGGAAGGGUCGGAAGAAGCCCGUGGUGAAAAUGAAAACUGAGGUCCAGAUGGAGGGUUUAUCCGACGACGUGGAUGUUUCGGACAGUGAAAGUUCUUCCAAAGCCACCCUGAAUCCUGCUGUGGCACUGCUGGGGGAUGACAAUCACAAUCCAUCGAUUCUGGCGUGUGAAAAAUGCGGUCGAAAAAUCGACGGCAUAACGGCACAUCGAAUGCACGUGGAACGCUGUGUCAACGCGAAGAAGCCAAAUUACCACACUUGUACGAUUUGUAAUGCCACGUUCAAGGAACUGAGCGGGCUGAGAUUUCACAUGAACAAACACAAUGGCGUGAGGCCGUUCAAGUGCCGCAAGUUUUGCGACCGGACAUUUUUCAGCAACUUCGUUCGGAUCAAGCACGAAAGGGGCAUCUGCGAGGUGGAUGGACGCAUUUGUUCGACUUGCGGUGCCCAUCUGAAGAAUGAGUUUUCCCUGAAAAAGCACAUCGAAAGGGUCCACGGUGAGGCCAAGCAUGUCUGUGCGACGUGCGGAAAGGCGUUCCGAUCGAGUCUAAGCCUUCGGACCCACCAGCGGGUGCACUCGGACGAACGGAAGUAUCCCUGCAAGAUUUGUGAAAAAGCCUACAAGUCACCGUACGCGGUUAAGGUUCACAUGAGAAUUCACACGCAGGAGAAACCAUACGCAUGCCAUCUCUGCGAGCAGGUUUUUAACUAUAAGGUCAGCAUGAAGAGUCACAUCGAACGCCAUCAUGGACAAACGGGAUAGAGAGGAUUGCGAUUAAAAGAUGAUGCAAGGUAAGAACAUUUGUCGGGCUGAAUCUUUGAAGAACGGAAAAGAAAUCCUCAAUGCUGAAUA